AAAACCAUGCGAACACGUUCUGGUCAGAACAUUGAAAUGGACUCGCAAAUGCUGUAAAUGCAAACAGUUAAAGUGGCCAUGGUCAAAGGCUCUGGGUUGCAUCCAUUGCAUGAAAGUUUGGCACCGUCGGUGUCGGCCAGUCGAAGGCGAAGUCGAUGAACGCGCGGUAGAACCGUGCACGGUCGAAUCCACAGCUUCCGUGAACGCAAGUGGAGAUAAUUCGUUCGUCAGGAUAGCCCAGGCCGUCAGGAAAUUUUUGAAGCACCCUUGCCGACGGUUCCACCGCAAAGCGAGUCACGGCCGGACAACUGGUGGUACCCUGGAACUGAACGACCAAUCGCUGUUGAACGCCUCGUCGAAUUCGGCGCCGGCGAUCGCUCACCUGGUCGAGUCGCCCGAAACGAAAAACUCCGGUGACGCGCGGACCGUUACGCCGGACGUGCGGCCGUUGACCGUUCACCCGACCGUAGAUUCUGAAACAGAAAAUGUUGGGCUGACAGCAGUUACACAAGUGAAAUGGCCAAAGUUGAAAAAUGCUGUGCUUUUCGCAAAAGCCAUUCCAGACGAAGGCGUGUUGGUCCGAGUGGACGUUAAAAUAGAAAAGGUCGAACAGUCCGUCGUCACCAUAGAUCCAGUCGUCGGACGGUUUUCGAAACAGUACCACUGCCAACUACCCUACCGUAAAAUGAAAAUUACUUGGGCGGCCACUGAUGAUUUAGAAUUGUACAGAAGACUGUUGCCGGUGGUCACGGUGAAUUGUUGGCCACUUCCAAUCGUUUUUCAAAAAACGAUUCAGCCGACAACCACCGAGACCAUCGUUGCAGCAGCCGCAACGAAUAUCUUAAAAACACCACUAGCUAUUGAAUGGAAACCACUAGCCAUUCGGGAUAAAGACGAGGAUCAAGUGGAUGAUGAGAUAGAAACGGCCGUCAUCACAUACCAGGUCAAGGGACGAUUUUCGUAUCACAACCAAUACCAACGGUCCUACCGCAAAGUGAGGAUUACUCGGACGACCGCUGGUAAUUUAGAGCUGUACAAACAACUGCUGCCGGCGAUAACGGUGGACUAUUGGCCACUUUCAAUCGUUUUUCAAAAAACGAUUCAGCCGACAACCACCGAGACCAUCGUUGCAGCAGCCGCAACGAAUAUCUUAAAAACACCACUAGCUAUUGAAUGGAAACCACUAGCCAUUCGGAAUAAAGUCGAGGAUCAAGUGGAUGAUGAAAUAGAAACGGCCGUCAUCACAUACCAGGUCAAGGGACGAUUUUCGUAUCACAACCAAUACCAACGGUCCUACCGCAAAGUGAGGAUUACUCGGACGACCGCUGGUAAUUUAGAGCUAUACAAACAACUGCUGCCGGCGAUAACGGUGGACUAUUGGCCACUUUCAAUCGUUUUUCAAAAAACGAUUCAGCCGACAACCACCAACACCACCGUUGCCGCAGCCGUAACGAACAUUUUAAAAGCACCAAUGGCUAUUGAAUGGAUAACCGCUACACCACCAGCGAUAACCACCGCACCACCCGUAACAACCGCCGCAUCACCAACGAUAACCGCUGCACCAACGGCAAAUCCAAAUCGUAGAUUGUGUAAUCGACCGAAUUGCAAAAAUCGUCGCUGUCGUCGACGACAAAUUGCGGCUGCAAAAGCGGCCAACUCUAACGGCUGUUAAUAAAGCAUUUUUUUUUUUCAUUAGACCGGGCAAAAAUCAUUAUAAUUCUACAUUUUGGUCAUAUUGAAAAUUUUUUAUAUUUUAGUUUCAUUUCUCGUUUGAACUAAAAAAUUGUAAAAAAGUGUUUAUGUUUACUAAAUAACGGUGUUAUUGAACAGAACCAAUUAUUGACAAAUAUACUUGUAAACAAUUCAGCAAAUUAUUUGAUUUUGAACAACAUUUUGAACAACCCUUAUUCGACUUGAAACUAAUUCAAGUUGACUAAUACUAGCAUGAAGUUAAUUUUUUA